AAAUAAAAUCCGUUCUCUCGUCUUAUAUCGGAUUCUUAUGUAUCGAUGUAUAAUGAUAUACCACCUUAUAAUAUAAUCCUUCUGAAGAAGUAUUAGCAACGACAGAGCAUGCCAGUAACGGCUUUUUUGCACUCACUAACUUUGCCUCAUCUUGCCUGAGCAACUUUCAAAUGGAGGUCAAAACUACAAUAAGACGGCAUGUGAUUUAUAUAAAUCUUUGUAGGUUGAAAUUUAGUCCUAUUCUAUUUUUAAAAUCGUCAUGGUUAAAAACUAGCAGACAAUAGCAUUUGUUGAUAAAUUAUACAAGGAAAAAAGUUGGCCCUGCGAAUUAUAUUAAGCUAGCACAUUUGAAAAAUUUCCCUAUUAUUCUUCAAAUUGUUGAGAUGAAAAUUCACUGUGCAGGCUACCAUAUCUUCUUACUAGGAUUAUGUUUAUUAGGAAUUGUACAGGCAGUAUCAACUACUUCCAAUGACAAAAAUGUUAAGCAAGCUGAUCUUACUUUAGAAGACUAUUCAACCUUCCUUCAACGAUACUAUCAGGAACUACUCCAACGGGCCUGGCAGUAUCUCAAUGCAGUUCGCCAAAUUCCCUUUUAACCCAUGGUCCGUCCUAGCUCUACUCAAAACACUCCCACUACCUACAAGGUUUUGUCAAUAAUUCAUUGCUUCUCGCACCCCUUUUUUUCUUCUUGUCAAUUGUUUAGCUACUUUUGGAACCAUUCUGAAGUAGCCGUUUACUAUUUUUUUUUCCCUAUUGGUUAUAGCAAAUAAAGACAUUUCACAUUUAUCCUGUAUGAAGUUUUGCUCUUUGAUUCGAAACACGCCCAAUGGUAGAGAAGAAUUGGCAUAUUCAAAGACAGUUCAUUGUUCAGUAGGACGAUUUUUGAUUGGUCUGA